CGCAACUGGCGUCAAAUCCUUAUUUUGGACUUCCUUCUGAUUCAAAAGUUGCUCUCUCUCUCUCUCUCUCUCGACCAAACCCUCGAUCUGAGAAAACAGCCAUGGCGAAGCCCUCGAAGCCCCAGGUCUCGUCCGACGAGGCGCUCUCGAAUUCGUCGUCGUCGGAGGAGCAGAUUAACCAGCAGAUCGACGAGGAAGAGGACGAGGAGGAGCUCGAAGCCGUCGGGCGCUCCGCUGGCUCCGACGACGACGCCAACUCUCCGGCCUCCGAUGACGACGCGGCCUCCGCUGAGAAUGGCGAUGCCGAGGAGGAAGAGGAUGGAGAUAUCGUGCCCAAUGCUGAGAUUAUCAAGCGUGAAAGAGUGAGACUGAGAGAAAUGCAGCAAUUAAAGAAACAGAAACUUCAGGAAAUAUUGGACACCCAAAAUGCUGCCAUUGAUGCUGACAUGAAUAAUAAAGGGAAGGGGCGCUUGAAGUAUCUCCUACAACAAACAGAGUUAUUUGCUCAUUUUGCUAAAGGUGACCAAUCUUCAUCCCAAAAGAAGGCCAAGGGAAGGGGCCGUCAUGCAUCAAAAUUAACUGAAGAAGAAGAAGAUGAAGAAUGCCUCAAAGAAGAGGAAGAUGGUUUAUCUGGCACAGGAAACACGAGGCUUGUGACACAACCUUCUUGUAUACAAGGAAAGAUGAGAGAUUACCAACUUGCUGGAUUAAACUGGCUUAUACGACUUUAUGAGAAUGGUAUAAAUGGAAUCCUUGCAGAUGAAAUGGGUCUUGGUAAAACACUACAAACAAUUUCUUUGCUGGGUUACCUUCAUGAGUUUAGGGGAGUUACUGGUCCUCAUAUGGUAGUUGCUCCUAAAUCUACUCUUGGAAACUGGAUGAAUGAAAUUCGUCGUUUUUGCCCUAUUCUGCGAGCUGUGAAAUUUCUUGGCAAUCCUGAUGAAAGGAAACACAUACGAGAGGAAUUACUGGUUGCUGGGAAAUUUGACAUUUGUGUUACAAGCUUUGAAAUGGCCAUCAAAGAGAAAACUACCUUACGCCGUUUUACUUGGCGCUAUAUAAUUAUUGAUGAAGCCCACCGAAUCAAGAAUGAGAAUUCCCUUCUUUCCAAGACAAUGAGGAUUUACAAUACAAACUAUCGCCUUCUAAUUACGGGAACACCACUUCAGAACAAUCUUCAUGAACUCUGGUCGCUGCUCAACUUUCUCCUGCCUGAGAUAUUUAGUUCAUCUGAAACAUUUGAUGAGUGGUUCCAAAUUUCUGGUGAAAAUGACCAGCAAGAGGUCGUCCAACAGCUUCACAAGGUCCUCCGACCGUUUCUGCUUCGAAGACUGAAGUCAGAUGUCGAGAAAGGUUUACCUCCAAAAAAGGAAACUAUCCUUAAAGUAGGCAUGUCACAGAUGCAGAAACAGUACUACAGGGCUUUGCUGCAGAAGGACCUUGAAGUUGUUAAUGCUGGUGGAGAACGUAAGCGACUUCUGAAUAUAGCAAUGCAGCUGCGUAAAUGCUGUAAUCAUCCAUAUCUUUUCCAAGGGGCUGAACCUGGUCCUCCUUACACAACUGGAGAUCAUCUUAUUGAAAAUGCUGGUAAAAUGGUUCUUUUGGAUAAGUUGCUCCCAAAGCUAAAAGAGCGCGAUUCGAGGGUCUUAAUAUUUUCACAGAUGACAAGGCUGCUAGACAUUCUUGAAGAUUAUUUAAUGUUUCGUGGGUACCUGUAUUGUCGAAUUGAUGGGAAUACUGGUGGGGAGGACCGUGAUGCGUCUAUUGAUUCCUUCAAUAAGCCAGGAAGUGAAAAAUUUGUUUUCUUAUUAUCAACUAGAGCUGGAGGCCUUGGUAUCAAUCUUGCCACUGCAGAUGUUGUCAUUCUUUAUGAUAGUGAUUGGAACCCACAAGUAGAUCUGCAAGCUCAGGAUCGUGCCCACAGGAUUGGACAAAAGAAAGAAGUGCAGGUGUUUCGGUUCUGCACAGAGUAUACUAUUGAGGAAAAAGUUAUUGAGAGGGCUUAUAAGAAGCUUGCUCUUGAUGCUUUGGUGAUUCAACAGGGAAGACUGGCAGAGCAGAAAACUGUUAACAAAGAUGAGCUACUUCAAAUGGUGAGAUUUGGUGCUGAAAUGGUUUUCAGUUCCAAAGACAGCACAAUUACAGAUGAGGACAUAGACAGGAUUAUUGCAAAAGGAGAAGAGGCAACUGCUGAGCUCGAUGCAAAAAUGAAGAAAUUCACAGAAGAUGCUAUCAAAUUUAAAAUGGAUGAUACCGCUGAAUUAUAUGAUUUUGAUGAUGAGAAGGAUGAGAGCAAGUUUGACUUCAAGAAAAUUGUUAGUGAAAAUUGGAUUGAGCCACCAAAAAGAGAGCGGAAGCGCAAUUACUCGGAAUCUGAGUAUUUUAAGCAAACAAUGCGUCAAGGUGGUCCAACAAAACCAAAGGAGCCCAGAAUUCCUCGUAUGCCACAACUACACGAUUUCCAGUUUUUUAACACACAAAGAUUGAGUGAGCUGUAUGAAAAAGAAGUACGCUACCUCAUGCAAACGCAUCAAAAGAAUCAGAUGAAAGAUACAAUAGAUGUGGAUGAACCUGAAGAGGUGGGAGAUCCAUUGACUGCUGAAGAGCUGGAGGAGAAAGAACGACUUCUAGAAGAGGGGUUUUCUUCAUGGAGUAGGAGAGAUUUCAAUACGUUCAUAAGGGCUUGUGAGAAGUAUGGCCGAAAUGACAUAAAAAGUAUUGCUUCUGAAAUGGAAGGGAAAACAGUGGAGGAAGUUGAAAGAUAUGCAAAAGUUUUCAAAGAAAGAUACAAGGAGUUAAAUGAUUAUGAUCGAAUUAUAAAGAACAUUGAAAGGGGUGAAGCUAGGAUUUCUCGGAAAGAUGAGAUUAUGAAAGCUAUUGGGAAGAAACUGGAUCGCUACAAGAAUCCAUGGCUGGAACUGAAGAUCCAAUAUGGCCAGAACAAAGGAAAGCUGUACAAUGAAGAAUGUGACCGUUUCAUGAUAUGCAUGGUUAACAAACUUGGGUACGGUAAUUGGGACGAGUUGAAGGCAGCAUUCCGCACAUCGCCCUUGUUUCGUUUCGAUUGGUUUGUCAAGUCUCGCACAACUCAGGAACUCGCGAGGAGAUGCGAUACAUUAAUCCGUUUGGUGGAGAAAGAGAACCAAGAAUAUGACGAGAGGGAGAGGCAAGCACGCAAAGAGAAAAAGCUUGCUAAGAACUUGACUCCUUCAAAGCGCUCCCUGGCUAGGCAGGCGACCGAGAUCCCCGGCUCUCUAAAGAAGAGGAAGCAAUUAACCAUGGAUGAUUACGUUAGCUCGGGAAAGAGAAGGAAAUGAUAUGAAAAUUUGUUCUGAUUAUUUUGGGGGAUUGAAAACCUCACUGAUUUCUACAUUUUGCGUAGACAUGUGCAUGCUAAGGAGUUUAUCUAGUGUGCAUUCUGGUUAUGGCCCUAGGUUUUUGAGAUGUAAUCAGGGUUCACAACUUAUGACCCAUAAAUCUCUUUAGUAGAGCGGAUAAGUAUAUUGGAAGUCUCGGGAAGCUGUAUAGAUGAAUUUACUACUCUUCAGAGACUCCUAGAAACUAAAGUGUUAGUGAUACUCGGAUCAUUAAUCAAUAUAUUAGUGGAUUAGCUA